CCUCACCCCCAACUUUAUAAAAACCACGCCUUUCUCUUCUCCUUCUCAAACCAUCGGAGCUCCAUCAAUGGCGUCACCGUCGUCGUCGUCGUCGUCGCCGUCGCCGUCGACGGGCAUGCAACUUGCUGUCUUCGCCUGCGUUGUCCUCUUCUCCUCCUCACUGUCCCAUGCCCAGUCUUGCUCUUCCGUCGCCUUCUCCAAGAACCAGCUCUACUCCGCUUGUAGCUCGUUGCCCCACCUCUCUUCCUCCAUCCAUUGGACCUUCGACCAAGCGAACUCCACCCUCUCCCUCGCUUUUCUUGCCCCGCCGGCCGCCUCCGGCGGCUGGAUCGCCUGGGCUAUCAACCCGACCGGCCUCCACAUGGCUGGCUCUCAGUCCCUCAUCGCCUUCCGUGACUCCAAGGGCUCCUUGACUGCUAAGACUUUCAAUAUCACUGGGUACGCACCCCUCAACCCCUCGCCGAUCGACUUCGAGGUUUGGGAUCUCCAAGCGGAGGAUUCUGGGGUUAUGAGGAUUUUCGCUAAGAUUAAGCUUCGCAAGGAGAUGACGACCAUCAACCAAGUCUGGCAGGUUGGUUCGUCGGUGACUGACGGGGUGCCGUACAAGCACGCGUUUGCGCCGGAGAACCUUGCCGCCAUGGGAACCUUGGAUUUGAUCAAAGGUGUCAGCUCCACUGGCUCUGAUUCCACCUUGAAGAAGCGAAAUAUUCAUGGAGUAUUGAAUGCUGUUAGCUGGGGGGUUCUGCUUCCAAUUGGAGUUAUUAUGGCAAGGUACCUGAAGACAUUUGGUUCACUAGACCCUGCUUGGUUUUACCUUCAUGUAGGAUUUCAGUUGAGUGGUUACAUCAUCGGAGUCGCUGGUUGGGCAACCGGUCUCAAUCUGGGAAGCAAAUCCAAAGGAGUCACUUACAGCAGCCACCGCAGCAUCGGAAUUGCAAUCUUUUCCCUUGCCACUUUGCAGAUAUUUGCAUUAUUUCUAAGGCCAAACAAGGAUCACAAGUACAGAUUCUACUGGAACAUUUACCAUCACUCAGUAGGAUACAGUGUGAUCAUAUUAGGCAUUAUCAAUAUAUUCAAAGGUUUCGACAUUCUGAACCCUCACCAAUGGUGGAAGAACACAUACAUCAUUGUCAUCUCCGUCCUCGCCGGUAUCGCUCUCCUACUGGAAAUCAGCACCUGGAUUGUAGUUCUUCGAAGAAAGUCCAAUAAAUCAUCUAAACUCUACAAUGGCUCCAGUGGACAACAAGGUGUGCAACAACCUCUCCAUGUGUAACUUUCCUGAAUAAUCACUUGCAUAAAUGUUUCUUCUUCAGAUUGUGAUUAGAAUUAAUGAGUAAUUAUAGCUAAAUUUCUCUGUUAGUCUUUGUUCUUGUGUUCUUAUACAUAAUGCUGUUUUCUUUAUAGCUCUACAUCUAUUAAGGUUGUUGUGAUUGAGACUAUUGAGUUUUAUAGGCUUUAUUGUUGCUUAUUUUUCUCCUUUAUGGAUUAUGAUUUGAUUGAAAUAUAUACUCUGUUUGUGCUGAGAAAGUGAAA